AUGGCCAACGCUGCUACCAUCAAGGACCUCGACGCCGCCCUUUCCUUCCUCACCCUCGGUGACAGGGCCCUCCCCGCCAACCUUACCAAGCCCAAGAUCGGCAUUGUCUGUGGUUCUGGUCUCGGCGGCCUCGUCGACAUUAUCCGCAACAAGGUCGAGUUCCCUUACUCCGAAAUCCCUGGUUUCGUCGACUCGACCGUUGCUGGACAUGCUGGAAAGUUGGCUUUUGGUCUCCUGGGCGAUAACGAUGUUCCCACUGUCUGCAUGGUCGGCCGUUUCCACUUUUACGAAGGUUUCGCGCUCACGCAGACUACCUACCCUAUUCGCCUCAUGUCCCUCCUUGGUGUUGAAACCCUUAUUGUCACAAACGCCGCUGGUGGUCUGAACACUGCCUUCCAGAUCGGCGACGUCUGCAUCAUCGAGGACCACAUUAACUUGCCCGGCAUGACCGGCAACAACCCCUUGGUUGGACCCAACAUGAUCGAAUUCGGUCCUCGCUUCCCUCCCAUGUCGGAUGCCUACUGCCCACGUCUCCGCCGCUUGGUUUACGAGGCUGCCAAGAAGCUGAACAUCCCUAAGUUUUUGCACGAGGGUGUCUAUGUCUUCGUCUCGGGCCCCACAUACGAGUCCAAGGCUGAGUGCCGGUUCUUGAAGUCGAUCGGCGCUGAUGUUGUCGGCAUGUCGACGGUUCCGGAGGUCGUGGUUGCAAGACAUUGCGGCAUGAAGGUCUUGGGACUGAGCUUGGUUACCAACAGGGCCGUUAUUCACCGCGAAUCCCGCUCAGACCCUGAUGCACCAGCCGAGGUGAGACCAUUAGAAGAGAAGAUUGCAAGCCAUGCAGAGGUCUUGGAGGCUGCUGACUCUCGUGCCAAGGAUCUUCAGACCCUUGUCAAGUACCUUGUUGAGAUGAUCUAA